AAUUACAAAGAGAUGUGCUUGUGUUUAUGAAUUUUGUUUCCAAUAAUCAAGACGAUAAAGAAAAUAGCGACCGAUUGAAAUAUUUAUAAUUCUUAAAAUUAAUUUAAUAUUUAAUGAUAAGAAAUGACAGCCACAGCAUCCGCUGUAACUGCGUCUGUCGACGAAGAUUUGGACGACUGUGGACCACAACUUAUUAGUAAACUAGAAGGAAAUGGAAUAACUUCGGGUGAUAUAAAGAAGUUGGAGGAGGCGGGUUAUCACACUGUGGAAUCUGUUGCGUAUGCUCCAAAAAAAUGGUUAAUAACAAUAAAAGGAAUAUCAGAAGCCAAAGCGGAUAAAAUAUUAUUGGAAGCUUCAAAGCUGGUUCCUAUGGGAUUCACAACUGCAACAGAAUUUCACCAGAAGAGAGCAGAAAUUAUUCAAUUAACAACAGGAUCAAAAGAAUUGGACAGAUUGUUGGGUGGAGGAAUAGAAACAGGUUCUAUUACUGAAAUUUUUGGUGAAUUCCGAACGGGAAAAACACAAUUAUGUCACACAUUAGCAGUGACAUGUCAGUUGCCAAUCGAACAGUCUGGAGGUGAGGGUAAAUGUAUGUACAUAGACACAGAGGGCACAUUCCGUCCAGAGCGACUGCUGGCGGUGGCGCAGCGCUACGGUAUGGAGGGUGCCGCUGUACUCGACAACGUCGCCUACGCGCGCGCCUACAAUACUGACCAUCAGACCCAACUUCUAGUACAGGCUUGUGCUAUGAUGGCUGAAUCGAGAUAUUCAUUACUAAUAGUUGACAGUGCAACAGCAUUGUAUAGAACAGACUACUCUGGCAGAGGAGAGUUGAACUCUAGGCAAUUACAUCUCGGCCGCUUUAUGAGGAUGUUGCUACGAUUGGCUGAUGAGUUCGGUGUAGCUGUAAUAAUUACCAACCAAGUAGUUGCUCAAGUUGAUGCUGUGGGUGUUUUCAACGCUGACACAAAGAAACCUAUCGGUGGCCAUAUCAUAGCUCAUGCGUCCACAACGCGCUUGUACUUGAGGAAGGGAAGAGGAGAUAACAGAGUGUGCAAGAUAUACGACAGCCCAUGUCUUCCGGAGACAGAGGCUAUGUUUGCUAUUAGCACGGAAGGUAUCACUGAUGCUAAGGAAUAAAUUAAUUAAUUGUAAAGCUGGCUUUUUUAAAUAAAAAUGUAU